CUGGAUAUAAAAGCUUUUGUAGGAUAUGGCGAGCGCCACAAGCCAUCUUUAUCCAUUCUGGUAUGAUGCGGUCAGUCCUUGUGCUCCUCGCGGUUGUUGCCGCUUUCUUGUUGAUUUGCGUUCACUGUGCGCCUCGAGAGGUGUCUGCAUAUAAACAAGGAUCGCCAAGAAUUCCAAAUAACAUAAGAAAUAAAAGAAGUAUAGAUCCAAUUGAUGGAGGAAGUUUAAUUGGCAGAUCUCUGGAUAGUAUCGGUGGAAACCGAUUGCUUGGUAGAAGUAUUGACCCAAUUGACCACGGUUUGAUAGGCAGAUCUCUGGAUAGUAUCGGUGGAAACCGAUUGCUUGGUAGAAGUAUUGACCCAAUUGACCACGGUUUAAUAGGCAGAUCUCUGGAUAGUAUCGGUGGAAGUCGAUUGCUUGGUAGAAGUAUUGACCCAAUUGACAACGGGCUGAUAGGCAGAAGUAUAGAUCCAAUUGAUGGAGGAAGUUUAAUCGGUAGAUCUCUGGAUAGUAUCGGUGGCAACCGAUUGCUUGGUAGAAGUAUUGACCCAAUUGACCACGGUUUGAUAGGCAGAUCUCUGGAUAGUAUCGGUGGAAACCGAUUGCUUGGUAGAAGUAUUGACCCAAUUGACCACGGUUUGAUAGGCAGAUCUCUGGAUAGUAUUGGUGGAAACCGAUUGCUUGGUAAAAGUAUUGACCCAAUUGACAACGGGCUGAUAGGCAGGAGUAUAGAUCCAAUUGAUGGAGGAAGUUUGAUCGGUAGAUCUCUUGAUAGUAUCGGUGGCAACCGAUUGCUUGGUAGAAGUAUUGACCCAAUUGACCACGGUUUAAUAGGCAGAUCUCUGGAUAGUAUCGGUGGAAACCGAUUGCUUGGUAGAAGUAUUGACCCAAUUGACCACGGUUUGAUAGGUAGAUCUCUGGAUAGUAUUGGUGGAAACCGAUUGCUUGGUAAAAGUAUUGACCCAAUUGACAACGGGCUGAUAGGCAGGAGUAUAGAUCCAAUUGAUGGAGGAAGUUUGAUCGGUAGAUCUCUGGAUAGUAUCGGUGGAAACCGAUUGCUUGGUAGAAGUAUUGACCCAAUUGACCACGGUUUAAUAGGCAAAUCACUGGAUAGUAUCGGUGGAAACCGAUUGCUUGGCAGAAGUAUUGACCCAAUUGACCACGGUUUGAUAGGUAGAUCUCUGGAUAGUAUCGGUGGAAACCGAUUGCUUGGUAGAAGUAUUGACCCAAUUGAUCACGGUUUGAUAGGCAGAUCUCUGGAUAGUAUCGGUGGAAAUCGAUUGCUUGGGAAAAGUAUUGACCCAAUUGACAACGGGCUGAUAGGCAGGAGUAUAGAUCCAAUUGAUGGAGGAAGUUUGAUCGGUAGAUCUCUGGAUAGUAUCGGUGGGAACCGAUUGCUUGGCAGAAGUAUUGACCCAAUUGACCACGGUUUGAUAGGCAGAUCUCUGGAUAGUAUCGGUGGAAACCGAUUGCUUGGUAGAAGUAUUGACCCAAUUGACCACGGUUUGAUAGGCAGAUCUCUGGAUAGUAUCGGUGGAAAUCGAUUGCUUGGUAAAAGUAUUGACCCAAUUGAUAACGGACUGAUAGGCAGAAGUAUAGAUCCAAUUGAUGGAGGAAGUUUGAUCGGCAGAUCUCUGGAUAGUAUCGGUGGAAACCGAUUGCUUGGCAGAAGUAUUGAUCCAAUUGACAACGGUUUAAUAGGCAGAUCUCUGGAUAGUAUUGGUGGAAACCGAUUGCUUGGUAAAAGUAUUGACCCAAUUGACAACGGUUUGAUAGGUAGAUCACUUGAUAAUAUAGGUGGUAGCCGUUUAUUAGGCCGAAGUGUAGAUACUGUAGAUCCCAUUGAUGGUGGCACUAUAAUUGGAAGAUCUCUAGACAGCAUAGGUGGAAGCCGAUUGAUUGGUAAAAGUAUUGAUCCAAUCGACAACGGGUUGAUAGGUAGAUCACUUGAUAGUAUAGGAGGUAGCCGUUUAUUAGGCAGAAGUGUAGAUCCUAUUGACGGAGGAGAUCUUAUUGGUAGAGAAUUAGAUGCCAUUAAUACUAACGAACUGUAUUACUAAGAUAUUGUUAUGUUACCAAGCCGUCACAGUCUAACCAAUAAACGUAUGGACUAAUUUUGUGAUUGUAAAUAAAAUGUUGGAGCUAACUAGGACUUAUAUAUAAAUAAAAUAAAAUACUUAAUU